CCCGGUUUGAAUGCGGGCGGUUGCGGCGCCGCCUCCGGAGCUCGCAGGGCCGGAGCCAGGGCGGCCUCGGUGCCUGGGAACGAUGAAGGAAGAUGCGAAGGUGAUCCCGGUGCGAGUGGCGCUGCGCUGCCGGCCCUUGGUGCCCAAGGAGAUCAGCGAAGGGUGCCAGAUGUGCUUGUCCUUCGUGCCCGGGGAGCCGCAGGUGGUCGUGGGUAACGAUAAGUCGUUCACUUAUGACUAUGUGUUUGACCCUUCCGUUGAGCAAGAGGAGGUCUUCAACACAGCUGUGUCCUCUCUCAUACGAGGCAUCUUCAAAGGGUACAAUGCUACUGUGUUAGCCUACGGACAGACAGGAUCUGGGAAAACAUACUCUAUGGGAGGUACUUACACUGCCAGUCAAGAGGAUGAGCCCAGUGUGGGAGUCAUCCCACGGGUAAUCAAGCUGCUAUUUAAGGAGAAGGAACAAAGGCAGGACUGGGAAUUCGUCCUCAAAGUUUCUUAUCUAGAGAUCUACAAUGAGGAUAUUCUAGACCUUCUGUGUCCAUCAAGAGAACGGCCUUCUCAAAUCAGCAUACGGGAAGACCCAAAAGAAGGCAUAAAGAUUGUAGGCUUAACAGAAAGAAAUGUCACUUGUGCCGAAGAGAUGGUAUUCUGCCUAGAGCAAGGGAAUAAUUCCAGGACAGUGGCUUCCACAGCAAUGAAUUCCCAGUCCUCGCGGUCCCAUGCCAUCUUCACCAUUUGCAUUGACCAGAAGAAGAAAAGUGACAAGAACAGCAGUUUUCACUCCAAGCUACAUCUGGUUGAUCUUGCUGGCUCUGAGAGACAAAAGAAGACCAAGGCUGAGGGAGACAGACUAAAAGAAGGUAUCAACAUAAACAGAGGUCUCCUCUGCCUGGGGAAUGUAAUUGGUGCACUUGGUGAUGAAAAUAAAAAGGGGGGUUUUGUCCCCUACAGAGACUCAAAGUUAACAAGAUUGCUGCAAGAUUCUCUGGGUGGGAACAGCCACACUCUCAUGAUUGCCUGUGUAAGCCCAGCGGAUUCCAAUCUAGAAGAAACCCUGAAUACUCUGCGUUAUGCUGACAGAGCAAGAAAAAUAAAGAAUAAGCCAAUUGUCAACCGGGACCCUCAAGCAGCUGAGUUACAUCAACUAAAGCAGCAGGUUCAACAACUGCAGGUGUUACUACUGCAGGCCCAUGGAGGGAUCCUCCCAGUGUCUAUCAAUAGCAUGGCACCUUCUGAGAAUCUCCAGUCCCUGAUGGAGAAGAACCAAUCCCUAACAGAGGAGAAUCAAAAGCUGAGCCAAGGGCUGAGUGAGGCUGCUGGGCAGACAGCACAGAUGUUGGAAAGGCUCAUUCUGGCAGAACAAGAAAAUGAGAAGAUGAAUGCCAUACUAGACCAACUUCAGCAACACGAUGUAUGCAAGCUUGAUCUACAGAAGCUGGUAGAGAAUGUAGAAGAUGAAGAGCUAAAAGAAAAUAUUGAGGUGAUUCGCAAUGUGCAGCAAGUUUUGGCUCAGUUGCAGAGUGAAAGUGCUGCCAGAGCAGAAGCUGCUGCAGAGAUGGCAAACUCUGGACAGGAUGCUACAGCCGAAGCAGGAAUAGGAAGGAAUACCAAGAGAUCCUCAGAUGACUUCACAACUCAACAUGCCCUCCGUCAAGCACAGAUGUCCAAAGAGCUGCUUGAAUUGGAUAAAGUCCUGGCUCUGAAAGAGGCACUUGCCAAGAAGAUGACACAGAACGACAGUCAGCUGGAGCCCAUUCAGUCCCAAUACCAGACUAAUAUCAAGGAUCUGGAAUCUGAGGUCAGCAGUUUGCAAAAAGAAAAGGAGGAGCUGAUCCUUGCUCUGCAGAUGGCAAAGAAGGAUGUCAACCAAGCCAAACUUAGUGAACGGCGUCGGAAAAGACUUCAAGAGUUGGAAGGACAGAUCAGUGAGCUGAAGAAAAAGCUGAAUGAGCAGUCAAAGCUCUUAAAGCUGAAGGAAUCUACAGAACAUACUGUCUCCAAGCUGAACCAAGAGAUCAGGGACAUGAAAACACAAAGGGUACAGCUGAUGCGCCAAAUGAAAGAGGAUGCUGAGAAAUUCAGGCAGUGGAAACAACAGAAGGACAAGGAAGUAAUCCAGCUGAAAGAACUGGAUCGCAAGAGACAAUAUGAGCUCCUGAAGCUAGAGCGAGAUUUUCAGAAGCAGGCCAAUGUACUUCGGCGUAAAACGGAAGAGGCAGCAGCUGCUAACAAGCGUCUAAAGGAUGCUCUUCAGAAACAACAGGAGGCUGCAGAUAAAAGGAAGGAAAGUCAAAAUCGGGGAAUGGAAGGAGUUGCUGCACGAGUAAAAAGCUGGCUUGCAAAUGAAGUAGAGGUUCUCGUUAGUACUGAAGAGGCUCGGCGGCACCUUGCUGACCUUCUGGAGGACAGAAAGAUCUUGGCACAGGAGAUACAUCAGCUUAAAACAAAGAAAGAGUCUGGGGAAAACCCACCUCUAAAGUUACGGAGACGCACCUAUUCCAUCGCAGAUUUGCAGGCAUCAGAGACGGACCUUUCCAUAGCGAAGCAGAUAGAAAGCCUGGAGACUGAGAUGGGGCUCAGGAGUGCCCAAAUAGCUGAUCUGCAGCAGAAACUCUUAGAUGCUGACAAUGGAGAUCGUGUGAAACAGCGCUGGGACAACAUUGCAACAAUUCUAGAAGCUAAAUGUGCUUUGAAGUAUCUCCUUGGAGAGCUGGUCUCCUCAAAAGUGCAAGAAAGCAAGUUGGAGAGUAGCUUUCAGCAGUGCAAAGCCAGCUGUUCAGACAUACAAAAGAAGCUGACUGAAGAGCAAAACCACGUAGCAGAGAUGGAGACUGAGUUCCAAAAUCGGCUUUUGCUGCAGGAACAACAGCACCAGGAAAAGGUUCUGUACCUGCUUAGCCAAUUCCAGCAAAAAGAAGCAGCAAAGAAGCAAUUGGAAGAUUCGCUAAAUGAGCAGGAGAAACAGCUGCAAGAGCGACUUAGGUUCCAGGAGGAAGAGCUGGAGAAAAUGAGGGAGUUCUGUGAGAAGAACCAAGAACUUCUCCAUGAAAACAACACUCUUAAACAGAAACUGAUGCUCCUCCAAGUUGCCAGUGGACAGAAGCUCCAUCGCAUUCGGCAAAUGGCAUCAGAGUCCUCAGAUUCUUCUUUCGAUUACAUUCCACCCAAGCCAAAGACUCGUCGCCAGACGACAGCAAAACCCCGUGCACAAGCCUCAGAAAUGAACGUGGAAGAGCUGUUCUCUGAGUCGGAGUCUGGGGAGGAAAUGGAUGAUGCAGACUGGAUUCCAGUAAAGGCGGUUAAAGGAACAAAGAGAAGCACAAUGGGGUGCUCCUGCAAGGGCCGGUGUGGAAACAGGCAGUGUGGCUGCAGGAAGCAGAAAGUGGGCUGCACUGAAGGCUGUAGCUGUGACCCUGCCAAAUGCAGAAACAGAGACUCUGGCUUUCUGGAUGCUGCACAGCGUGAGGACCAAGGAAGGGGCUCUGAAGGCUUCUUGAAACCUGAAGACUCCACUGUAGUGACUGUGGAAGAGACCUUCUUUCAGCCUGUGUGUGUCACACCACCCACCAAGGUCCUGAAACCCAUCACAGACCAAGAGUUGUUCCUGAAGAAGGCCAGCAACGCCUCUUCCAUGCUCACAACCGAUGAGGAGUCCCAGGAGAACCAGAUCCUGCUUGUGAAGAGAAAGAAGCGAAUGCUGAGCAGUAACACCAGCUUCUUCUCAGGUUGUACCCCUAUCAAGGAGUUCAACUGAGGAGCCCACAGGUGCAUGACUGGCCUGGCCUGUGUUCCUGCAGGCCACGUCACUGGUGACUUAAAAAAGUGGAGUCUUCUUAGAUUGUGUCCUGUCCAGUUCUUUGUGAGUAUUUGUAUGUGUGGCUCUGGCAUUUCUGCAGUGACUGGAGUUGAUCUGAUCUGGGUCCCUCUUUCCAUCCUGAGCUGUGAACAGGUUGGGUACAGUUUAAUCCGUGAUCUUGACAGAAUCUUGCCUUUGCACUGGAAACCUGGCUCCUGUCCUCUAAUCCAGCCCGAAGGGCUGUCCCAGGCUGCUGGAGGUGCUGUCUGUAGUCUUAACCUAGAGAGCAGGCUGGAAACAGUGUUUCUGUCCCUUUGGGGCACUGGCCUGUCAUUGUUAAGUGAAGCUGGAACCUUGCUCUAGCUGUCUGUGAAUAUUGUGAUUUUACCUUGGUAGCUGUAAUAAAGUAACUACUAAAACCUGA